CCGGGGCGCGGCGGCGGAAGGAAGCGCGGGCGCAGGCCAGGCUCGGCGGAGGGUGUGAGCCGGGGGGAGGAGCCUGCGCGGCCCGGCUGCGGGCGCAGCGGCCCAGCCAUGUCCGCCGAGGAGGUGGUGCAGAUCCGCCUGGAAGGCCGAUGCUACCCGGUGAGCAAGAGCAAGCUGAUCGAACAAAGCGACUACUUCCGCGCGCUCUACCGCUCCGGCAUGCGCGAGGCCGUGCGGCCCGAGGCCGGCCCCGAGGUGCAGCAGCUGCGCGGCCUGAGCGCGCCGGGCCUGCGGCUGGUGCUGGACUUCAUCAACGCGGGCGGCGCGCACGAGGGCUGGGGCCUGGGCGAGGACGAGCUGGCCGAGGCCAGCGUGCUGGCCGAGCUGGUGGAGGCCGCGUCCUUCCUGCAGGUCACGGCGCUGCUGCGCCUGCUGCUGUCGCAUGUGCGUCUGGGCAACUGCUUGGAGCUGUACCGCCUGGCUCAGGUGUACGGGCUGCCCGACCUGCAGGACGCCUGCCUGCGCUUCAUGGCCCUGCGCUUCCACCAGGUGCUGUGCCAGCCGCAGUUCCCGCUGCUGCUGUCGCCGCCGCAGGCCCCCGGGGACUGUAGCCUGAAGCAGAGGCUGAGGGAGGCCCGCAUGCGCGGGACCCCGGUCCUGGUGGCCCUGGGGGACUUCCUCGGGGGACCCCUGGCCCCGCACCCGUAUCAGGGGGAACCCCCGUCCAUGCUUAGGUACGAGGAGACCACGGAACGCUGGUUCCCGCUGGCCAACAACCUGCCCCCCGACCUGGUGAACGUCAGGGGCUACGGCUCAGCCAUCUUGGACAACUACCUCUUCAUCGUGGGCGGGUACAGGAUCACUAGCCAGGAGAUCUCGGCCGCGCACUCCUACAACCCCACCACCAACGAGUGGCUGCAGGUGGCCUCCAUGAACCAGAAGCGCUCUAACUUCAAACUCGUGGCUGUCAGUUCAAAGCUCUACGCUAUCGGUGGGCAGGCUGUGUCUAACGUGGAGUGCUACAAUCCUGAGCAGGAUGCGUGGAAUUUUGUGGCUCCGCUGCCAAAUCCUCUGGCUGAGUUUUCUGCAUGCGAGUGCAAGGGGAAGAUUUACGUCAUCGGUGGCUAUACCACCCGAGAUCGCAACAUGAACAUCCUGCAGUAUUGCCCCUCUUCUGACCUCUGGACGCUGUUUGAGACCUGUGAUGUCCAUAUCCGCAAGCAGCAGAUGGUGUCUGUGGAGGAGACCAUCUACAUUGUGGGUGGCUGUCUCCAUGAACUGGGUCCCAACCGCAGGAGCAGCCAGAGUGAGGACAUGCUCACCGUGCAGUCCUACAACACGGUCACGCGGCAGUGGCUCUACCUGAAAGAGAACACGUCCAAAUCGGGCCUGAACUUGACGUGUGCACUGCACAAUGAUGGCAUCUACAUCAUGAGCAGGGACGUCACUCUGUCCACCAGCUUGGAGCACCGAGUGUUUCUCAAGUACAACAUCUUUGCAGACAGCUGGGAAGCCUUCCGGCGGUUCCCGGCCUUCGGACAUAACUUGUUGAUUUCCUCUCUCUAUCUACCCAAUAAAGCAGAGACCUGAACGAUUCAAUAGUAUUUAAAAGAAAGAUCUGGUUCAAGAAAAAAAAAAAAAAAAAGCAACUCUUUGAAAUACUGAUCCCUGAGGGGACAAAGUAGACUAACGUAGGUCAUGUACGUAGGAGGCUCAGCUGUAAAUAAGCUUUCUUGAGCUAAUUACUUGAAAACUUGGGGGAAAGAAACCAACAUUAUUCCUUAUAGGUUGUUUUUUACAUCAUGGGAACAAAUGUCAUGAUAAGUAUUAACAGUCUUGGGCCAACAACUAAAACCCAACAUUAAAAAGUAGACUGCUGGGGUUUUUCCACCAGGGCCAAUGACGUGAUAGUAGUCAUGGUUUUGUUCUGUGUUUUCCCCACUGCGGGUGGAAUCUAGGGCCUCACGCUAGUCCCAUAAAGAUUACUUUAAAAUAGUAUUUCUUCAGGUCACCUGAGAUGUCAUUAGUAGGGGAUGUUCAGUAUUUCUGACAAGUGUUAGGAGCCACCUCCUCACUCCUCCAGCCUCCUGUCACCCCGUUUUUCUGGUCAAGCAUUUUAUUGUAUAUUUGCUUUCAGGAACCCUAACAGGUGUGUCCAAUCUUUUGACAUUUAGACAUUGCAUUACCAUUUAUCAAGUUUGUGCACAACUGAGUUACCUUAAAAAAAAAACAAAACUCUUAUUAAUGUUUUAAGUAAGGUCCUGAUGUUGUGUUAGCCAGAGUUACAGCAUCCUCAGGGGCCCCUGAGCUAUGGCACCAGGCCUGAUGCAAUGGUAGAACCAGACAGAGAAUCCACACAACCAACCGGUCCAUCCAAAAACUUGGAUAAGCACCUUCUCAGCCACUUGAGAAUGCUGUGUAAGCAGACUUGUCAACUUCAUAUGUUUGUGUGGCAAAUGCAGGUCUGCAUGGGUCACAGACCCUGCAUUGUGAGAUUUUUGUUUUUAGAAGAUUGCUAUUAACGUUUUAUAAAUUGUGUCUUAAAUGAGGGAGUACCGCAUAAGGAAACAUGCCUUUAUGAGUUAUUUUUAUUGAAUGUAUUGACUUAGAUCUUGUUUCAAGAUUUAAAAUAAAAAACAAAACAGAACAAACUUUUGCACAUUUAGAUGAGGAAGCCUCCAACUUAGUCUCAGUUGUAUAGUUACGUUCUGCCUUUCAAAGGCAAGGGUGGCUGUAGCUCAUUUAUGCUGGAAAGCAGGGGUGAGGUUCUUUACAGAUAUGGAAUGACCUCUGCUGGUGUGUCUGAACUAAGGGGAGGUGCUGGCCUCAUGGCUCUCAUGCCAACAGCUGUGAACAGCUCUGGGGAUUUCACCAAGUCUGUUCACAAGGAAAAAAGGGACCCUGCAAAUCAUGGGUCUGUGUUUCUUAAAAAAUUCAAGGGCCCACUUAGAAUGCACAAGAACCCCAGGUUUAAUCUCCAGCACUUACAGCAACAAGGCCCUCACCUACAGGAGUUUUGAUUGAAGACCAUUUGCUAUAACCAGCUGCUAUCUUGUAGUGGGGUUAGCUAAACGAGCCGGACUCCGUCUCUUCCCCAGCAUCAGACAGUGGGCAGUGCCCUUUCAGUGACGGCCGCCUUGCAUAGUUAGGAAAGCUCCAUAGCAAAACAAAAACUACAGACAGAUUCAUUCCUCACAAAGCUGCUCUCCCAGUGGCUGCUCAUGGGGGGAAUGACUGCCCCCCCCCCCAGUAGGUCUUCAGUGUCAUUAGGGAGUCACUUCAGGGUUUCUUUACAGCCAUGCCUCUAAUAUACCCGGAGAGCCUAGUUAUAAAAAUCUUAUUUGCCCAACUAUUUGAAAGUUCUGUGUUCGAGGCCAGCCUGGUCUACAAAGUUCCAGGACAGCUAAGACUACACAAGGAAACCCUGUCUUGAAAAACCAAAAAAAAAAGGUUCCGUCAGUGUUUAUUUGGGACAUGGGGACUUGGUGACAGAUCUCAGUGUCUUGUCACCAGAUCUACCAGUAGCUGUCAAUCAGUAACCUGCUUAUGCUAUUGGAAGCUUGCAGGCUGAUGCCUUAUAGCCCAGGAUAGCCCAAACUCGGGAUUCUCAGCUCAGCCCCCCAGUGCUGGGAUUGAAAGCCUCUUGCAACCAUGGCUUCCUUCCUUCCUUUAUUAUUUUUAAAUUGUUUCACUAGGUUCUUUUAAAAAAACAAAAACUCUGAACUGAAAUCUUCACCAACAAUGGUGUUUAAAUAGAUUUGAUCUAAUUCAUUGAAGAAUUGAAUUUGGGGGGUCUGUAAUUUCAUUAGUGCACUUUAAAAUCUAAUUUAUGUUUGCCGCCGUGGCUCUUCACUUUCUCACCUUACGCACCUAACCCUCAUAUUCAGAGGAGAUGGGCGUUGAAUUAGCGUUGGACGAAGAUGGGCGAUUAUCUUGUGAGAAAAUACAUCUUAAAAGUACAUUUUUGUGUGUCUGCCGGUCAACCAGUUCUGUUCCUAAGGGCCAUCUUUGGAUGUAUUUCCUAACACCAGCAACUAGAUUCUUGGACCAAAUGGAUUUGUACUACUAUCAUCCACAAACUCUUAGCAACCGGGCUUGACAUGUUGCCCUUGUACUGUCUGUGGAUAUGAGGAUUUAGAUGCAUAGACUCCUAACAGAUCAUUGUUACCCUUGUGCUAUCUGUGGAUAUGAGGAGUUAGAUGCAUAGACUCCCAACAGAUCAUUGUUACCCUUGUGCUAUCUGUGGAUAUGCGGAGUUAGAUGCAUAGACUCCCAACAGAAUGUUGUUACUCUUGCUGCCAGCUGUGCUUGGGGAAGGGAGGCAUGUCGUAGUACUGGAUGGUUCCUGUGACACCUGCCUGCCUGUGCCCUCACCUGUGUGGGCACUUCUGGUUUGGCUGGUACCAGUUGGAGACUUCAGCCAGAUGACAGUGUCCCUGAAACCCUUCCCUUCUUCAGGCAGCGCCUUGUGUAAUAUUUUUAUUUGUUUUCUUCCCAUUCUCUAUUGCCUUAUCCACCCCCAGAUGCUUCUGAGGGGUUCAGACUGUGUCAGGAAGUGUCGGGAGAACACUCGGUGGGAGCUGCCUGCCAGAGCCUUUAUUUCACAGGCUAGUGUCAAUGGAAGAGUCUGGAGCAGGGUUGGCGGAAGGUGUUUGCUCCCUGACCUCAGCACUCCUUCAGAGGCUUCUCAUCUUGGUACCCUGGAAAGGUUCUGGGAUGUGUGAGAAUCCGUCGUUUCUGCGUUCUGCUCUAAGAUGUAGCAUCAGAGUCGAGAAGGCUGGGGAUGCUGCCAGGAGACAAAAGGCUUAAGACUAAGCACGAAACCAAAGAGACUUUGCCCCUGAUGUUUUCUGUUUUGUUUUAUUUCUAAAGCCAAGAACCCGAGCAACUCCAAAUGCCUUAGGUUUUCAUUCAAGCUGAGUGAGGGAGAGGGUGCUGCAUCUCUAUACCCAGAGUACAGAGGUAAAUGUGUCCUUGUACUAAUGUUUAUAGUGCAUUAGGGGUGUGGUCUUCAGAUUUCCAGGUAAAGUUCAAGCCUGUUUGGCCAAAGACGUAAAUAGGAGGCGCUCUGCUGUCUUUGUCAAAGGGUGUUUAGUGAGCAUGCUUAGCACUCACUAACCUGUCCUGAGGGUCUGCUGAAGGCUGCCCCUUGUUCUUAGACCACGAGUAGGGACUAUGAGGUAUGUGCCCCUCCCUCUCUGCCAGGGUUCAGUGAUACCAGAUAUUCCUGCCAGCCUGCCAGAGUGGAAUGAAUACUAGUUCCCACUCCUGCUUCAGAGACAGUGGCCAUUAAGGGAGCCGUGAUCUCUGGAAGCAGUGAACUGUGUCAACUCUGUUCCCCGGGUGACCAGAAACACCUGAGUGCCAGUACAAGACAGUGCUGAGCCCGGAGACUCUGACCAAGCCUGGUCCCUGUGACAGUGCACUCUCACGUUAACCAGGGUGUCGUCAAAGAUGCCCGUUUUAGUCGGGCACACUGCACUCGGUCUGGCCACCUCUUGCAUCUUGGCCCAAUCUUCCCAGUGCCUCAUGAUUUAGAAAUAAUCCUGGGAGCUGGUUUGUCCAUAAGUCUGAACACCGCAUCCCAUGUUUCAGUUUUUUACUAUAUGCUUUUUGAAAAGUUAAAACUACUUUUUAUAAUCCUUGCACUUCAUAGUUUGUGAAAACAAAAAAAAAAAUGACAUGGAGUCUGUUUUAUUUAGAAUUCACUCAGCACUGUAGCCCUGCAGAUGGUUCUAAUGAGGGAGAAGGGCGGCCCUUGGGUAAGGGUUUGGCGUGAGCAAGCUCAGCGCUGGUCCGUUUUGGCCUGUGCCUUUAAAGCAUUCCAGUGGGAGAACUCAGCAAUGCUCCCUCAGACACUGUCCACCGAUUGGUUGAGUUUGCCUUGCUGGUGACUACGCUCCGUGUACAUGUUUGCUUUCCACUUUCUCUUGUUAGUCUGAGAACACAACAGGAUAUACGUAGCAAUGGCCAGCUUGACACAGCCAUGGUCACCCAUUCCUACAGGAAGCUCGUGAAAUGUAAAAGAGGGUCUGUUCUGAAGAGCCCAGGGUGCUUCAUGUUUCCGUAGGUCUGGUUGGUGCUUCACAUAGUCUGUCACUGGCAAAGCAAAGGGAAAUGUGAUUUGCGUUCUCCGUCACUUCAGAGUGGGCACUGCACUGUCCUUCCAGCCUUCUCUUAUCUAGCUGUCAUUUUAUGGAACAGAAUAAUCUCCAAGUUAUGUUCUGUUAUGACUGACACCUUCUUUGUUUGAAAGGUUGUAUUGAGUCCAUAGUUUGGAGUGUGGAAUAAACACACACGUUAACAUUGUCACAAAACCACAACAAUGAUUGUGUCCGACACCUGUGAGCCACAGAGCUGUAUUCAUUUUGUUUCUUUGGACUAUGGAAGGAAACGUCUUCAAAUAAAAUAGUUCUCGGUCA